AUGGAUACACCGAGUCCAGAGCGAAGGGAGCCGGCCAAAUCGCCGGACCCUAUACAAGGGAACAACGCAAGUUCAACAAUAACGCCACGCAGGGCAAAACUAGUCUUGGGAAAGCUUGGUCUUCUCGGCCUCCUUCGAAAACUUAAAUCAAGGCCAGACCGUGAGAUUAGAAUACUAUCGUUGGGUCUUGAUAAUGCGGGAAAAACAACAAUUCUAAAACAGCUCGCAUCAGAAGAUAUAGCACACGUAUCGCCAACCCAGGGAUUUAAUGUGAAAAGUGUUGUGACUCAGGGGUUCAAAUUAAAUGUUUGGGAUAUUGGCGGCCAACGCAAGAUACGCCCCUAUUGGCGGAAUUAUUACGAUAACACAGACGUUUUAAUUUACGUAAUUGAUAGUUCAGACGACGCACGCUUUGAAGAAACAGGUGAAGAACUCUUCGAACUGUUGAAGGAUGAAAAGUUGAAGGGUGUUCCUUUGUUGGUUCUUGCCAACAAACAAGACCUCGUUAAUGCUGCUAGCGCUGAUGGCCUAUCAGAGGGUCUUGGUCUUACUUCGAUCCGCGAUCGAAAGUGGCAGAUCCAACCUUGCAGUGCGCUAAGCGGUGAAGGUCUGCAGGGAACAUGCUACCUUACUAACCGUACGAAGCUUGACUUAAUUGGCCUUGACUGGAUCAAGGAACCCGUUCUCCUGGAUUCGCCACUUAACCGCAGUUGCAAUGGUGUGCAUUCAACUUGGCCGAGUCUCACCAAAUCGAAUCAGCUGACAAUAACUCUGAUGCCAACGCCUCCACCUCCUGCCAAAGUGCUCAAGGAGAAGGAGGAGGAACCAGGAAAGAAG